AGCGAUUUCGGACGAGGUUUUAUCAGUGAAAAUGGAGUGAAAAACAACCGAUUUGUCAUGAGAGAUGAGAACCAAGCCAUGGAAAAUGGUGCUGGCUGUAGCAGUGGUGAGAUGAACCUAGAAACCGAAAGCAAAUUUGCCAUUACAGUGGACACUGAAGGACGAGUUGUUCAGGCAGGAGGGACGUGUGUUAACCAUGUGUCGUUUCACGAUGCCUAUUUUGAUACGGAUUCCUUUCAGUUAACUCUGGCCGACCACUGGCUGAGACGACGUGACGGUAAAUGGGAACUCAAAGUACCGCUGGUUGAUCGUAGUAAACAAAAUAAACCUGAAACAUACACUAAAUACUUGGAAUUUGACGAUGAGAAGAACAUAAUUGCCAAUCUGUCAGCCAUUUUGCUGACCUAUGCAAAUGACCCAGACGAGGUCAAGGUUGCUGAUGAUAAUUGCAUGGACACAAAUCUUGAAAAGUGGCUCAAAAUGCAGAACUUAAAUCUCAAACCUUUUGCUGAUUUUACGACUAAACGUAAGACUUUUUCAAUGAAUGGAGGGAUCUCGAUUGUAUUGGAUGAAACAAAUUUUGGUUUUAACGUCGGUGAAGUUGAAGUGAUGAGCAGUCAAUCUGGGGAUGAUGUCAAGGAAGCAGAGAUGAAGAUCAACGAGAUGGUGGAGAAAAUAGGUUAG